AUGGAAUGUAUAUGUGGCUAUAGACCUUAUCCGCCAAACUACAACAGUUGGCUAUCGCCGCUCCAUGCUGAGCGACUGAAACGACUUGAUAGCAAAAGUAUGCUUAAAUUGAAAUUGGAAAAGAGGCCAAUGUUAAUAGCUCUGCAUUUGUUUGCCGACGAUGCGGAUAGACUGAAGCAUUGGCUGGAUAUGAUUUAUGAAGUGGCAGCUCCAGAAUUGUUUGGCAAGCAAAUGGAAUUCUUCGUUGAUGACAUUUGGGCAUCAUAUAUAUUUAAUUUGAACACAUGGGGUAUUAAGCGCUGUGAUAGCAGUUUCUCCACACAAUCAGCCCCACUGAUUUUUGGUGUUACUGCUUCUGGGGUAGUCCAUUUCUUUGGUACAGCCCAAGGUCCGCAAAAACCCAGCUUGAGAAAGCUUCAGUCAUUUUGUAAGCAAAUAUUAAGUGAGUCUUUGGUACAACAUUUAAAACUGGAAGAUAAAUGCCAAGUGCCCGAAGUAGACUUGACCAUCUUUAAUGAACUGAUUUAUGGCGAAUAUGAUGCAGAUAUAAUAAUUUGCUUUUAUACUACACUGCAGAGAGAAACGGGCGUGGAGCACCCAAGAAUUUCAAUAUAG